AAUGGUUUGCUUCUCACUCGCCCUUUAUGCCAGCUCAAACUUUGUCAUCUCAUCAAAGCAGCCUGUGUGUGUGUGUGUGAGGCAAAGGACAAUCAUGACCCCCCCCUCCAAACCUCUGGACAGCAGUAGGUUCUCUGGCUCUCCAUUCUGGUCCAAAUGGCACCCACCCUCACCAGGAGGAAUAAACUUAUGGUGCCAGUGUCAGCAGGUGAGUGCCAUGACGGGGAAGCUGGAGGAUGCUGACCGUUACUUGCACCAGGCACUAAAACUUGCCCAGCUGUCACAGAACAACCAGGCCAUCACUUAUACCUACACACAGAUGGCCAACCUGGCGUUUCUCCGAGGAGACCUACUUAAUGCUGAGAAACUUUUCAAAGCAGCAAUGAGCCAGCUCUUACAAGCUGGGACUCCAGAGGAUGAUAAUGCAAUGAUUGAGAUGUCCCUCAAGUUGUGCAGCAUCUACGUGACCACUGAACAGCAUGGCUUAGCUGUUGAGGGCUAUAAGUGGUGCAUUGAGACAUUGGAGGAGAAAGUUCAGAGAGAGAAGGAUGUUCCUGAAGUAUCCUUGUCAGCUGCUGAGAAGGACAAUACCCGCCUGCUCUUGGGGAUGUGCUUGGACUCGUGCGCUCGCUACAUGACGAGCCAGAAGCAGCUGGUGUUAGCAGAGAGUCUGUAUGAGCAGGCACUGGCGAUCUCUCAGCAAGUGCAGGGGGAGACUCACCCACAGGUUGUCGGUAAAUCAUUAAUGGUAGCAGUAUCCGUUAACAAAGUGUUUGGGAAUCUGCACGUUAUAAAUGGAGGCACAGAAUACAAAUCCAAAUAG